CCGACAGUAAAUAAAGGGAGGACAGUGGUAGAGGCAGCUGCAGAAGCAAUCUAAAUCCUUCAAAGAUUAUCUAUAUCAUCAACAAUUCAAGAUCGAUCAUCUGAUAUGAUGAUUUUGAGUAAGCCUUUGAGUCCGGUGUCUAUUGACGAUGUUAAAUCGGACGGAACCGCAGAUGGCUUGAUUCAAAGGGUCACAGGAGAUAGUUCGACUGGAUCCGAGGUUGUCCUCAACAUUGAUAAGCAAGAAGAGAACCAAAAAAGGAAGCAUAGCUCGAAUCAAAGGGAUACGACCCUGGAACGGAUUUUUCUUAUCAUAAAUUUUGUUGUAGAGCUUCCAUCAGCAGUUUUUGAGCAGCUAUCCUCAGUGCGCAAACCGCAAUAUGCAUUAGUCAGCAUGAUAAUGUCUUUCACAGUGAUGCUCAUCUCCAUUAUUGAUCUUGCUCGAACAUGCCAAAGAGAAGGAGCUAAAUUAACGAUGAGAGGCUCCCCAUCUCAAAGUCACAAGCCCCUGAGCACAUUUGCUGUUAUUGUUGGAUUAGUUUGUAGCAUCUUCCAAUGCGUUUUUGCCGCAAUUGCUUAUGCCUUUCUGUCUCGUAAAGCUGAAUGUCCUAUCAAAAUCUCUGUUUGGCCUUUAAUCUUUGCCUCUGGUGUAUUAUGGUUUAGAUUUCCCAGGAAUGAACACAUCCUUGAGCGCGCAGAAAUUCGUCCAAACAGUCCUGCUCCUGCUCAACCUGCCCUGAAUAGACAGCAGCCUCCUGAAUCUCCAUUACCCAACAGGGAUAAGAAAAUGUCCACUAUAGAGAAAUUAAGGGUUGCAACAUUAGUAAGAAAGGCCGCUCUCCAGUACCGGCAGUUAGACACUUGAAUAUGGUGAGGAACUCAAGGAACAGGAAAUUGACCGCAUAGAUCAGAGCUAUUCUUCUUCAGUAGAUGCCACCGUCCUAGUUGAGUUUUGGACAAAAGAGAAUUAGGAUGCUUUCUUUUUGUUUCCAGGGAAAAAAAAGGUUUCUUUUUAAGUAAUUUGGGGGAUCCAAGGCUUGGGAAAAAAACAUUCGACAGCACCGCCACUACCUUUGUAUUCUUGUUUCAUUAAUGGAUGCUGACAUUCUAAA